ACGCAGGAAUUCUUAUUAGAAGCCAAUCAGAAUGCUCGGGAGGCGGGAUUUUUCGGAAUACAAGCAUGCCAGGUUCGUUGCCAUGGACUUCCUCAUCCCAGGAAGCACCUGUGUUGUGUUGUGUUGUUGUGUAGUUGUUUCACUGUGCGCCUAGAAAACGAUGCUUUUAAAAGAUAAAAUAACCUGGGAGUGAAAAAUAAUUGAGAAUUUGGCAUGAGCUGCGUUUAAGGGAAGGGUAACAGGUGACGACAUUUUUUUAAUCCAGCUGUUUUGAAGCUCAGUUGAUGCUGCUGCUGCUGCUGCUGCUAGUUCGCUAGCUGGGAUGCUGCACUGGCCUUGAGCUGAUUGGUACUUGAUGGGUGGAGGCAGACUAUCUCUUUGCCCCCUGCAAUGAGGAGAAGGUUCUGUCCAUCCCUACAGGAGGAGUGAUGGCUGGGAAGGUGAAGUGGGUGACCGACAUAGAGAAAUCUGUACUUGUCAACAACUUCGAGAAGAGAGGAUGGAUCCAAGUGACCGACACCGAAGACUGGAACUUUUACUGGAUGAGCAUCCAGACUAUUCGCAAUGUGUUCAGCGUAGACACGGGUUACCGCCUGUCUGAUGAUCAGAUGGUUAACCACUUCCCAAACCACUAUGAGCUGACCAGGAAGGAUCUAAUGAUCAAGAACAUUAAGCGCUACAGGAAGGAGUUGGAGAAGGAGAGCAGCCCUCUUGCUGAGAAAGAUGAAAAUGGGAAAUAUGUUUACCUCGGUACUCUUCACAACCUGUCUGCCCACACGUCUGUUUUGUCAAAAUGGGUACUCUGCUUCGUCUUAGCUGUCUCUUUUUGUCUGCUGUGGACAGAUUUCGUGCCGGUGACGUUCAUGCUGCCAGCGGACUACAACCUUUUUGUGGAAGAAUUCCGUAAGAGUCCAUCCAGCACAUGGAUUAUGAAGCCUUGUGGGAAGGCUCAGGGCAAAGGCAUCUUCCUUAUCAACAAACUCUCACAGAUAAAGAAGUGGUCACGGGACAGCCGCACUUCCACGUUCAUGGCAGCUAACAGUGGAAAGGAGGCGUAUGUGAUCUCGCUGUAUAUCGAUAAUCCGUUAUUGAUUGGUGGGAAAAAGUUUGAUUUGCGUCUGUAUGUUUUGGUCACAACCUACCGGCCUCUGAAGUGUUACAUGUAUAAGCUCGGCUUUUGUCGGUUUUGCACUGUUAAGUACACCCCCAGUACUAGUGAACUGGACAACAUGUUUGUGCAUCUGACAAAUGUGGCAAUCCAGAAACAUGGGGAUGAUUAUAAUCCUGUUCAUGGAGGUAAAUGGACAGUCAAUAACCUGCGCCUGUAUCUAGAGAGCACCAGAGGAAAGGAAGUCACUAACCACCUCUUUGACCAGAUCCACUGGAUUGUGGUACAGUCCCUCAAAGCUGUGGCUCCUGUUAUGAUCAACGACAAACACUGCUUCGAGUGCUACGGCUAUGACAUCAUUAUUGAUGACAAGCUGAAGCCGUGGCUUAUUGAGGUAAAUGCCUCCCCUUCACUCACCUCCAGCACUGCGAAUGACCGCAUUCUGAAAUACAAUCUCAUUAAUGACACACUCAACAUCGUUGCCCCGAAUGGUGAGAUCCCAGACUGCCGAUGGAACCGCAGCCCGCCUAAAGAGGCUCUUGGCAAUUACCAAGUCCUUUAUGAUGAGGAACAAGCUAUGAGUGAGAAUACAGAUCGUGACCUCCGGAGUCGCUCAGGUCAGUCACUCGGGUCAAAGAGCACAAAAUCUGGCAGUGUGCGUCCAGUCACGGCCACCUGGAAGUGAGAUCGCCAUCCUAACCACAGAGCUGACUUUUAUUUCCUCCCUGUGAAGAAGAAAUGGACUGUGGGAACAUGGAAGCUUUGAAUGAGAAAUGAAAGAGAAAUUACCUGCACAUUCUUGCAUGAUGUUAAGACUACAGUGAAGACUAAGAGAGACAAAAGAGUCCCUUUUGUUGCAUGAGAAAUUUUAGGAUUUUUGACAAUUUUCACAAGUGAAAAGAAAGUGAGAACCAAAAAUUGUGGUAAAAGUUAAAAAAAGGAAACGUCAGAAAACAUCCUCACAAUUUCACAUAAAACUAGUUAAAUUGUCAACUAAACAGCGUUUCUUGGUAUUUUGUAUGAAAUGUCACUUAGUCACUUUUUUAUGUCACUUAUUUAUUGUUUAUGCAAUAUACUUUAAAAAUAUAUGCUGAUAUUUAUGAAAAGGUGUCAGUAUUAUGUCUUCUGAGUAAGAAAACAGAAGAGAAACUUUCCAAAACAUGAUAUAAAAUCUGACCACAUUUGUUACAUCUGGCCAGUAAUGCAACAUCCUUUAAAGAUGAAGUGCUCAACCUGAAGAUGGAAUAAACUGUCCAAAAUGUC